GGACUAAAAAGAAAGCAAUCGUUUUUGAACAUCGACGAAUUUAUAGAAAAUGAUGAGAAAGAAAACAAACAAAUGCUCUAUUAAACGAUCUUCCUGCGAGAAGGUGAAGCAACGAUCGAAAUCGAAGGUAGGGAGCAACGAGACAGAAGAGAGGGACAUCAAGGAGCUGAAAGUGAGAGAGAACUUACAGGCCACGCUACUCUUCAUGAUCGAGGGACACCUCUCUUUAUCCCCAUUCUGUGUAGAGUUGGUUAAAGUUAAAACGCUUCUCUUUCAGUUGUCGCUCGCCAACGUAGCGUUUCGCGCGGUGUCACGCACGCCUCUCGGCGAUUUCGACGAGCUGCUCGUGUUUUGCGCACGAGCAAGCACGUGUUUCGUCCUCUACGAAUGCAUUUCCACGGAUUUCUUCCUGCCCGAUUCCACCGGUUAAUCAAUCGCGUUUUACCGUGUCACGUACUUCCGUCUUUCGUUUCUCUCUCGUUCGCUUUCAGCUUCUGCUUUUCGCCCGAAAAUCGCUCGAUUACCAAAAGUGAAAGCAACGGAUGAGAUUUUUGUUUCGAUGCGUGUUGGCCGUGUUUCCGUUUUAAGCUUGUCGAGCUCCAUGAGAAUCUAAAACGCAUCACUGAAUCCGGUCGAUCUCGCGGCAAUACAAGCAUCACGUGAGGAAAAAAGAGGAAGGAAGAAGCCAUUAAUUUUCGCCGAAUAAUCUUAAUCGCGUUAUCUAGAAAUAUUUUAAUAUUUCAAGUUGCGAAUAAUCAACCUAUAUCUCAAGUAUCGACUAUGUUGUCUGAUUUUGUAAAACGUAGGAUAGUGUUAAAAAUGUCAGUGAAAUUGAAGCGUGUUUAAAGGAAUUUUUCGAAGUGGAUAUAACACUUUUAAAGAAAGAUUAUAGCUGAAUUUCGAUGAAAUCGAUCGCUGAAAUAAUUAACGUACAGUUCGUUUGAGAUCUUGAACAGUAAUCACGAAAUUCUUUGUUCCUGGUUGAUCAUGAAGUUUAUGGUAAUGAAACGUGAUUUUGUACACGAUCAAAAUCACGAUCAUCAAAGCUGAAAGUGUAAAACUGAAAAUUCACAAUCGAAGGACGUAACUUUGUAUUUCCUUCUAAAGUGUCGUCCUGAUUCUACGAAUAAAAGUAAAAAUGUCACUGGUCAACUUUACCUUGCCGUAUCAGUCGGCAACGCCUACUCCAUUCUUCUAUGGUGGACAAAACGGAGGACAGUCGACAGUGAACAACCUUCGUUUAAAUGCCGUACUUCCGCCUGCGCCCGCUCCAAAUUUUAAUGACCAAGAACCUUUCCAAAACGAACCGUAUAUACCGCCCGCUGCCUAUCAGCAGCAACAGCAACAGCAACAACAACAAAGACAACGUCAGUCGACCGUUAACCGACAAAGAAAUACAAACACGUUUGUCGAAGAUUCGUCUUUUUCAUCGACACAGGAUAAUCGAUAUGCGAAUUACAAUCAAGAUUUUCGAAGAACACAACCACGGCAACAGCAGCAACAAAUGAGACCUCCCCCGUCGCUGCCACAACAGCAGCAACGAGUUUCGGUAGAGAGGGAUCAAGAUAAUUUUCGAACAUCGAGAAUGCCGGAACAGGAGAGCUAUCCUGAUAGACCUAAUGGGUAUACGAGAGUUAACGGUGAAAGUGGACCUGGUACAAAAACUUCGAUUCACGCUGUUUUAGACUAUGAUGACGACUUCGACGAUUACUACGACGACAAAGAUCCUGAGAUACCAAGGGACGCUCACGUCACACCCAUUCAAGGUCCAAUCUUUUUAAAGAACGGCUCGGUCCCCGUAGUGCCACUAUAUUCGUAUCCUCAACUAAACAAUGGUACAUUUGUACAGAUACCGAUUCUUUGGACCGCACUUUCCGUUGCUCUGGGAGUCGAAUUAAGGGGAGAUUUGGUACGUGGUGUACCGUGCAUUAAAAAAUAUCAUCAGCUGUUCUGUCCAACUGCCGGAAACACAUAUCCAAUAGAACGGAUAGAACGUUUUAUUGACGAAAAUAAGGCGUUAAUGAAGAGAAUGUACGGUGACUUCGAAAUGAGUUCAGGAUACGGUUCUCCGACAAGAGAGCCCAGUCAUCGGACACGUAGGAGACGAAAAAGUAGAGAAGCUACAAAGCAUGAUAUCCCCGAUGGUGGACCUAGUUUUCAUGACGAACUGGAUCCGGAAAUGGAGGCUGAUGGUGACUCAUAUUUUGCUAAUAUCAGAAAGACCAGAAAUCCCCGACAAUCUCCUGGAAAGAAUCGAAAUGACAGUGGCAGAAUCGAUGCAUGCGAAUCGAAGGUGGAAAUUGUAACUCCUUAUUGGGCCAGCAACAGCGCUGGAAAAAUUCGUGCCAUUGUGAACACACAGCAUUUCGAGCAGGCCAUUCACCAAGAAGUUUGCUCGAAAACUCAGACAAACCGCUGUACUGGCGAUUGCGGUUGCGAACAAAAGUACAAAUGGCACCGACUACUUGCGUACGACCCUGACAACGAUUGCAAAGGUAUCUUCAUGGACUGGUUCCUCUUCCCUUCCUGUUGCGUCUGUAGAUGUGACCCGGUUCCGAACAAAUUUUCUUCGUCUAACAGUCGAAAUUAACAUGACUUUUUAUGAGCAAAAGUCUGUUACAGCGUCACGAUCGAACUCGUGAUUCAACUGCGAUUACGAAGAAAGCUAGUAGCACUGUAUGCAGAUUGAUAUUGUCUUCGAAAUGAAAUUGAAUUGCGGCAAGAGAAACUAUCAUCCUUUUGCUUUAAGCAGGUUUUAACAACGCCAUCGUUUCGAUAGGAUAAAACUCCGCCACAUUUAUUCAAUUAAGUAUAACAAAUAUGUUUAAUUGACGAUUAUUACAUUUCGUCGCUAAGAAAAUCCGCCUUAUUUAUGAAUAUAAUACUAGAAACUAUUGGAGGAAUUUCUACUAUCCCCUUCCUACUGAGGAGCGUUUUUCCCUUUCUUUGUCGGAUUAUUAGGAUUAAGUUAUAUAAAGGAUUAAAUAAACAGAUAUAGUAGAUUAUGAAUUAGAAUAGAUAUUAGUUUUCUUACAAUACUUUUUGGUAAUGCGAAUUAACGAAAAUUUGUUAUAUUAUUAGUUGUCUAUUGUUAUCUAUCUUCAUUUAUUGUAAAAUAAUACUUAUCAAUGAUAAACUACGGAUGUUCAUGCAUUUAUGGGAAGUUUGAAGAUGCAAAAAUGUACAGAACGCACAUAACACACAGAAAGAUAUUGUACGUGCAAAGUACCGAAAAUAAAGUACUGCUGGUCAUAAAAAUCUUCAAGUUCCAUGUUUUCAGUAGUGUUUAUAGAGAUACGUAUUUGCAUAAACAUUCACAUUUUAGUGAUAUCGCAUUUAAUACAAUUUUUGUUACUAAUUUAAUGAUCUAUCGAACAUCUAUCAGCAGUGUAAGAUCAAGGCAACUAAUUAAUAAGGAAAGAAUAGCAAAAAGUAAUAUGAGAAGGAACAGAUGCAUAUUAACGCAUAUAUUAUGUACUAUAUUGGCUGUAAAUUAUAAACAAAACAGAAAUAAUUAUGAAAAAAGGAUGUCCUUUGGUCAUCUGAAUUAUGUGAAUAAUAUCACAGCCCGGUUUAGCGAUACAUGUAACUAAUAUAAGUAUAGUAUGCCCGACUUAAACGUAUACAUACCAUUGAAAAAGCGAAAAUAAUGUUUUACAUAAAAGUUGUUUGGAAUACGUGAAUUUUUGAAAUUCUUAUUUCCAAUGAUUUGAAUAUUAAUACGAUUUGUUAGGUAUUAUCAUAUUGAUGUCACUUUAUUACGUAUUUCAAAACGAAUUCAAUAAUGUUCAAUAAUAUUUUCUCAAUAGUUAGAGAAAUGAUAGAGUGUAUCCAUUUAAAGUAGACAUAUUAUACGUAUAUUAAACAUGCCAUAGCUUUAUAAUUAGCAGCUGUAUAUUUACGCGAGUUUUGUUUAUUUUAAUUUUUGAAUGACAAUUACAAUAAUUUUUUGCAACUAUGUUUUUACAUAUUAUAUCGUGUUAUGAACAUUAUCGACGUAAUAAUGCUCGAACUGCUAUUGUGAUAAUAGACAACAGCGUUAAAAAAACAAUAAUAUUUAAAACAGCAAAUAAACUAUAAUGCUAUUUUCGUAAACCUUUUAAACGUAACGAAAUAAGAUAAUCGUAAUAAGAAAGAUCCGAAUUUCAGUCAGUUUGUUUAAUGGCAACGUGACAAUACUAAUACAGUUCAUAUAUUGGCGAUCAAAAUUUUUCAGCUCUAUAUCUUUAUAAAUACAUAAUACGCAUUUGUUGCUUUCUCCUGUUAAUGACAGUCUAGUUUAUUAGAGAGAAUUUGCUUAUGAUCGGCAAUUUCGUUAUGACCUUCCCUUGCAACUAAGAUACCCGACGCCCUCGUAUUAAUUUAAAGCAGCAUUUAAAUUUUGGUGUAUCAAGGUGCUGCGUAUUUCGAAUGUAAAAAACAGGAAAAACUCGUUCCAUGGUACCUUCGGUAUGCUUUUUUAUACGAUAGACAAGAUAAUUAUAUUCGAUUGAAAAGAGGCUUUUCUGCUGCGCAACCUUCGCGUUUUGUCCUCCAUCGUUCACGUCGACAUUUUUUUCCCUCCUUUAGUUUAAUUGUAAGUAAAUAAGUAGAUAUGCGCGGUCAUUUAGUUGGAAUGCGUAUCCUGUUGUCACUUCUCUUUCUAACAAUCUAGAAAAUAUAAUUCUCAGUAAUCGACGCUGUUAUUUCUUUUUCGUCAGAGCAGUUAGAUCAUUAUAUUCAUUACCCGUGUUUCAUUGUUUCUUCUAGGAUAUGUAUCUUCAAAGUCAAAUACCGUGUAACGAAUCUAUAUAAUUACUAGUGUGUAUAAAUGUAAUUGCAUAGAAACGUUAGAAUACGAAUUAGAAAAAUAUUUAUUAAGUUAUGUACGCGAACCGCAAACAACGAGAUCCAAACGUACAUAUGUAACACAUUAUAUUCCUAUAUUCGGUAAAAUAGAAUUUUGUACAUACGCGAAAUAAAUUCUAAUUAUUAUUCCCUGGAA